UUUCAAUAGUUUUAAUUUAUAAAAUUUUAAUCAUAUUGGAUUAUAAUAAACUUAUUUUUUAAACAUUUUUCAAAUCAUAGUUGUUUUUAUAAACUCUUCUAUAGGAUGAGAGAGAUCGUACACAUUCAAGCUGGUCAAUGUGGUAACCAAAUUGGUGCCAAAUUUUGGGAAGUCAUAUCUGACGAGCAUGGCAUAGAUUCCAGCGGUAUAUACCACGGUGACUCAGACCUUCAGUUGGAGCGGAUUGACGUCUUCUACAACGAAGCCACCGGAGGAAGAUAUGUACCAAGAGCAGUUUUGGUGGAUCUAGAGCCCGGUACUAUGGACUCGGUAAGAUCAGGCACCUACGGCGAGCUCUUCAGGCCAGACAACUUCGUCUUCGGACAAUCUGGAGCAGGAAACAACUGGGCCAAGGGUCACUACACAGAGGGAGCUGAGCUUGUCGACUCAGUCUUAGAUGUCGUGAGAAAGGAGGCAGAGAACUGUGACUGCUUACAAGGAUUCCAAGUAACACACUCACUUGGAGGAGGUACCGGAUCAGGUAUGGGAACACUAUUGAUCAGCAAGAUCAGAGAAGAGUUCCCAGACAGAAUCAUGGAGACCUUUUCAGUAUUCCCAAGUCCCAAGGUCAGUGACACUGUCGUCGAGCCCUACAACGCAACACUCUCAGUUCACCAACUCGUCGAGAACAGUGACGAGGUCCAGGUCAUAGAUAACGAGGCCUUGUACGACAUUUGCUUCAGAACCCUGAAGCUCACCACUCCAACCUACGGAGACUUAAAUCAUCUCGUUUCAGCCGCAAUGAGUGGUGUCACCUGCUCACUCAGGUUCCCAGGACAACUAAACUCCGAUUUACGUAAACUGGCUGUCAACUUGAUCCCAUUCCCAAGGCUCCACUUCUUCAUGAUUGGUUUCGCACCACUCACCAGCAGAGGAAGCCAGCAAUACAGAGCACUCACCGUCGCAGAGCUCACCCAGCAGAUGUUCGACGCCAAGAAUAUGAUGUGCGCCAGUGACCCAAGAAGAGGCCGCUACUUGACAGCAUGCGCCAUGUUCAGAGGAAGAAUGAGCACCAAGGAAGUCGACGAGCAGAUGAGCAAUGUUCAGAACAAGAACAGCAGCUACUUCGUCGAGUGGAUCCCACACAACACCAAGUCCAGUGUUUGUGACAUCCCACCAAAGGGACUUAAGAUGUCAGUUACCUUCGUCGGUAACUCGACGGCAAUCCAAGAUAUGUUCAAGAGGGUUUCUGAGCAAUUUACGGCCAUGUUCAGGAGAAAGGCCUUCUUGCAUUGGUAUACAGGAGAGGGUAUGGACGAGAUGGAAUUUACAGAAGCAGAAUCUAACAUGAACGACCUGGUUUCAGAGUACCAACAGUACCAAGAAGCCACAACCAAUGACGACGAUGACGACCUUGACUAUGAAUGAAUUUAGUAUUAUUAUUGAUUAAUUAAUGGUUAGUAAACAAAUUAUUAAGGAUAAGAAAGUUUUAAACUACUCACUGACUUUUGGAUCACUAGCAUUCGUUGUGAUUUUUUCUGCUUCAGCAGUCCUUAUAUUGUAUAAUAUAAGGGGGUAUCUCUAAUUUGGUUACGUUCAUAAAAAAGAUUCUGUAAAUAAAGCUUAAAAAAUGGUAUUAAUGUAGUUUGGUCGACUACAGCCAACGGGUAAUUCUUGAAUGUUCCGGUAUUCGAACUUUUCAAGUUUAAUUUGAUGUAUAAUUUUA